AUGAGAGGAAAAAAAAAAUCUGCAAGUGAACACACAAAAGAUGCACCAACAGAGAAAGCCAAGCCUGAGGAAUCAGUUAGCAUAAAAGUUGCAGAACAAAAGGUGAAACAUCAUCAAGGUAACAUGAUGAACUAUCCUGCUAAAAUUUUGUCAAGUGGAAUAACAGUUGGAAAAUUGCAAAGUUGGACUGCAAAGAAUGAUAUGAGGAACAAGGUUGAGGAUACAGAGGAGGGGAAUAAUGGGAAGAAGACUGUCACACCUGCAACUCAGACAAAAAAUACCAUUCAAACUCAUAAUAAAUUUAAUGCAUUGACUGAGGGUACAGAGGAGAACAAGGAGGAACACACUGAAAAUAAUGGAUUGAUAGAGAAGGAAGCUGAAGCUAGAGAUAAUUUCAAAAAAGAUGUGGAUACUACAAAGGUUAGUGAAAACAAAGGUGUAGUGGAUCAGGGGCAGGCACAAAAGCAAGGGCAAGUACAAGAGACAACAAAUGGGAAGCAGGGGAAUGGAAAUACUGUUGACAAGGUUAAUGGGACUGAAUCAAUUUCUGAAGAUGGGAAAAAGCAGACAAAAUGGGGUGAUAGGGUGGAGGAACCUGAGUGUAUUGAAGAUGAGGAGACACAGAGCAUUUCACAAGAAGUUUCUUCAUUAGAGCAAAAUGAUUUAAGUAUAGAUAAGAGGACAGAGAUAGAGGGUAACUCUUCACAGCAUAGAGAGGAGAUUUCCACAUGUGCAUCUUCUUCAGAUAGUAUAGAAGGGCAAUAUGUAGAGAAAAAUGAAAGGGAGCAUAGUCAGGAGAUCAAUACAGGGAGAAUUCAGGAACUUGAAAGGAAACCUCCGGAUGAUGAAUCAGAGUUACCCAUCAUAUAA